AUGGGUGGAAGGAUGUCAGAUGCCAUUCUAAAUAUGGUGAAUAUUGCUGCUAAUAUUCUGGGAGCAAAAACCGAAGACCUGACAGAAGGAAAUAAAAGUAUAUCUGAGAAUGCCACUGCCACAACUGCACCUAAAAUGCCUGAAUCAACUCCUGUUUCAACUCCUGUUCCAUCACCUGAGUAUGUAACCACUGAAGUACACGUACAUGAUACAGAACCAUCGAUACAAGACACUUCAAAAGAAAGCCCCAUUGUGCAACUAGUUCAAGAGGAAGAAGAGGAGGCAAGUCCAUCUACAGUGACCCUUCUGGGAAGUGGUGAACAGGAGGAUGAAUCAUCACCCUGGUUUGAAUCAGAGACACAAAUAUUUUGCAGUGAACUGACCACAAUUUGUUGUAUUUCUAGUUUUUCGGAAUACAUAUAUAAAUGGUGUUCAGUUAGAGUUGCUCUUUAUUGGCAGCGCAGCAGAACUGCUGUGAGUAAAGGAAAAGAUCAUCUUGUAUUGGCUCAACCACCAUUACUAAUUCCUGCAAAAUCAGUAGGUGUUUCAGUAUUGCAACCUCUGAGUGGAGAAUUGGACAGUAAGAAUAUGGAAAGGGAAGCAGAAACUGUUGUUCUUGAUGACUUAAGUAGUAUGCACCAAGGUGAUUUGAUGAAUGACACUGUAGAUGCAAUUGAACUUGAACCAAGCCAUUCUCAAACUUUUUCUCAGUCUUUUCUCUUAGACACUACUCCAGAAAUUAAUUCAUUAUCUAAAAUAGAAGUAUCUGAGUCUAUUAAACAAGAGGCAGGACAUACCCCAUCACAAGUGAUUCCCCAAGAGAGUUCUGUUGAGGUUGAUAAUGAAACAGAAAAGAAGUCUGAAAGCUUUAGUUCUAUAGAGAAGCCGUCUGUUAUCUAUGAAACAAAUAAAGUUAAUGAGGUAAUGGAUAAUGUUGUAAAAGAAGACAUGAACUCCAUGCAAAUUAUCACAAAGCUGUCUGAAACAAUAGUGCCACCUAUAAUCACAGCCACUGUACAAGACAACGAAGAUGGGGAAGCCAAAAUGAACAUAGCUGACACACCAAAGCAAAUUUUGACUCCUGUUUUGGAUUCUUCUUCAUUACCUGAAUUAAAAGAGGAAGAACAAACUCCAGAAGAUGCCCUUUUGAAAGGGUUACAAAGGACAGCUACAGAUUUUUAUGCUGAAUUACAAAAUUCUACAGAUCUAGGAUAUGCUAAUGGAAAUCUUGUACAUGGAUCAAACCAAAAGGAGUCAGUAUUUAUGAGACUUAAUAAUCGUAUUAAAGCUUUAGAAGUUAACAUGUCUCUCAGUGGUCGCUAUCUGGAGGAGCUUAGCCAAAGGUACCGAAAACAAAUGGAAGAAAUGCAAAAGGCUUUCAAUAAAACGAUAGUAAAACUUCAGAAUACUUCAAGAAUAGCAGAGGAGCAGGAUCAGCGGCAGACUGAAGCCAUCCAAUUGCUACAGGCACAACUGACUAACAUGACACACCUUGUUUCAAACUUAUCAACAACAAUAGCAGAAUUAAAACGGGAGGUUUCAGAUCGACAAAGCUAUCUUGUCAUAUCUUUGGUUCUCUGUGUUGUCUUGGGACUGAUGCUUUGUAUGCAGCGUUGUCGAAACACUUCUCAAUUUGAUGGAGAUUAUAUUUCAAAACUUCCUAAAAGUAAUCAAUAUCUAAGCCCUAAAAGGUGUUUCUCUUCCUAUGAUGAUAUGAAUUUGAAAAGAAGAACUUCAUUCCCACUCAUCAGAUCCAAAUCUCUACAGUUAACUGGCAAAGAAGUAGACCCAAAUGAUUUGUAUAUCGUAGAGCCCCUCAAGUUCUCUCCAGAAAAAAAGAAGAAACGCUGCAAGUACAAAACUGAAAAAAUUGAGACCAUAAAGCCUGCAGAUCCAUUGCACCCUGUAGCCAAUGGAGACAUAAAAGGAAGGAAGCCCUUUACAAACCAGAGAGAUUUUUCUAAUAUGGGAGAAGUUUAUCACUCUUCUUAUAAAGGUCCUCCAUCUGAAGGAAGUUCAGAAACUUCAUCACAGUCAGAAGAGUCCUAUUUUUGUGGCAUUUCAGCUUGCACAAGUCUGUGCAAUGGACAGUCCCAAAAGACAAAAACUGAGAAGAGGGCUUUAAAACGAAGGCGAUCUAAAGUCCAAGACCAAGGAAAAUUGAUAAAAACUCUAAUACAGACUAAGUCAGGAUCAUUGCCAAGCCUGCAUGACAUAAUCAAAGGAAACAAAGAGAUCACCGUGGGAACAUUUGGUGUUACAGCAGUGUCGGGACACAUCUAAAACUAGUUGAACUUUUCAUACUGGAGACUUUUUUGUUGUUUUUUGAAGACCAGUCUGUAUUUGAAGGGUUUGGGGGAGGGAGAAAAUAUUAGUGGGAAAACUAUUCAGAAAUUAUGGUUUCUGCCAGAUGGGAUUAUUUCAAUCAUGGUUAAUGAGCUGCAGUUUUACAAGGCUGAUCAUUUCCUACAAGGACAAUGGUAAACAUUUUAUAAAGAUGUUUUUUCAUAGAUUAAUUACUGGGACAGAAGUAAUUUGGAAGCCCAGUCCCUUGGGUGGGAUAGGAAUGAAAGCAUAAACCUCUUCCUUUAGCUUUGUUCCUAUUUCUUGCACCUUCCCAUAUUUAUGUGCCUUUUGUCUAUUUAUAAUGCCACUGGAAGAGGAGGGAAAACUUUUUCUGUCAUUUGAUUUCUUUUAUAACUUUGUUAGUUUUUUUGAAGCUGCAAACACUACAAGGUUUUAGGGUGGUCUUUGCCUGAAGCUCAGCAAUGUGGGUCAGACAGUGUAAGGAUCCUAAAGACUUGCCAAAUAGAUCUCUGUUUAACAGACUCACUGGAGAUAAACACUUGCUGGAAUUUUUAAGUCUAUUCUUUUAGGUAAAUGGUGAUGUUAUUAAUGUUUUCAUUUAACUUGUUUAGGCUGGAUUACUAUAAUUACUAAUUCAGUGAGAGAAAAACUACAAGAUCUUUUCUUGCAAAUGACUGGUAUUUGCAAACAAAUUUUUGAUAAAUUCACCUUUUAAACACAUUUAACCAUUUGUGAAGGUUUUCUUUAGGUAUAUUACGUUUUAAACAUUCACACUAAACACUAGUCCUCCAAACUUUCCAUAUCACUGUUUUCUAUUACUACAAAUAUAAAAUUUGAAGGUUUGGCAAGGGAGUCCAGGUCUUAUAUGAUAUAAUCACUGCCUGUGUACAUACGAACAGAACCAGCUAGUGAGUUUGUCAAGCCUUGUCUAAUUGGUCAAGUCUAAAGGGAUUAUUAUUCCUUGAGGUUUGCUUUGUAUUGGCUACAGAUGUGCAGAGAUAUAUACAUAUGUGAUGGCAAUAUGUCUGUCUUCAUUUGUCUUUUUUUCCUUUAAAAAAUAAUUGGCAGCGACUGUAUUUGAAUAAAUGAUUUCUAGUGUGUGAUUGUACAGUAAUGAGUGAAAGUGAAACAUGUUUCUUUUUGAGAGAAUUGACCAUUUUGUGUUGUAAGAUUUAUGUUAUAACUUAUUGAGCACUUUUAUUAAUAACUGUAAACCUGUCUAAUACCUUUUUUAGGGUAUUGUUUGUAAUGUGACUAAUUUAAAGCCUUUUUUAUUUGAGUUGCUGCUUUAGGUUAACAGUAUGUUUUAGAAGAUUUCAAUUUUUUUUCCAGUCUGCACAAUUAGCCAUUCAGAGCAAGAGGGUCUGAGUGUAUAGAAGCCCCUUGAAAAGAGGUCCAACUGAGAGCAGAGGUACAGCGGGAAGUUACACCAUCCGUGUGUUGUGGGAAGAGGACUUUCAGUAUGUAACUACAGAGCUGUAGUGCCAUUAGAAACUGUGAAUUUCCAAAUAAAUCUGAAUACUUGUCUUUAUUAA